AGCAGAGGUGCAAGAGUCAGGGCGAAGGUAUGCCGGGCACGACGUCAGCAGCGCCUCUCCUCACGGGUGAGUAACAAGAAUGAGCUGGAACGGGCUGGAAAGAGCUGAGCUCUUCUCCCGAGGGUGACGUAAUUUUCGGGACGAGGCCACGCCUCCAGCGAACGGGAAUAAAAGGCUCCACCGGCAGCAGCGGGGCAGAACGCUUCCAGCCCACUGGAGAGGGGAAAGAAGCAGCAGCAACAGCAGCAACAACAGCAGCAGCAGCGAUGCUUUGCCGGAUGCAUCUCGCACCAUUCGCCUCCAGCUCCCUGGCCAGCCGUCUGGGCACGGUGAGGACCCUCUGGCCACACGCAGAGACCAUCUUCACUGAGCUGCAGCAGGAGAUGGAGAAAGCUCGGGAGUUCAUGAGCAGCUUCGAGCAGCUUCUGAGCAACCACGGAGCCAUCGCAGCGGAGCGCGCCCCGAGCACCAGCACGACCCUGGCCCAGAGCUCCGGGGACGGCUUCUCCAUCUGCCAGGACGUGAAGAACUUCACUCCCGAGCAGCUGUCGGUGAAGGUGGUGGGCAGGAAGGUGGUGCUGGUGGGGCAGAAGGAGACGCAGAACGUCGACGAGAAGGGCUCGUUCUCCUACAAGUACGAGGUGCUGAAGCGGGAGUGGGACGUGCCCGAGGAGGUGGAUGCCGAGGCGCUGACCUGCUCCCUGUCCAAGGAUGGGCAGCUCCGCAUCGAGGCCCCCAAGCUGGCCCUGCCGGCUGCUCCAGAGAGGAACGUGCCCAUCCAGGUCAGCCCUGCAGCCCCACAGCCUGGACCAGCCUCUGAGGACGGAGCUGCCAACAAAGCCCAGGUGUAACUGGAUGGGACCCCAUGGCCACGGCAGGACCGGAGCAGACAGGAGCAAGUCUUGGGUUUUAGCCCAGACAAGCUCCAUCAGCAAUGAUGUCAUUUUUUUCACUAUACUGGAAUGUUUUUGUAUCCAAUAAAAAUACUUUUGCAUAGAA